AUGGCAUAUCACAUAGAAGGAGUGCCAGAGGUUGUGAAUGGUGUAGACCUAAAGAGAUACAUGGUUCGUUGGUACGAGAUUGCUUCAUUCCCUUCAUUUUUUCAGCCUGCAAAUGGCGUGAACACUAGAGCCACCUACACUCUAAACAGUGAUGGAACUGUUCAUGUUCUCAAUGAGACAUGGAAUGAUGGGAAAAGAAACUCCAUAGAAGGAACUGCUUAUGAGGCUGACCCUAAUAGAGAUGAAGCCAAACUCAAGGUCAAAUUCAUUGUUCCUCCAUUCUUUCCAAUCAUUCUUGUCCUUGGAAAUUACUGGAUUUUGUACCUUGAUCCAUAUUAUCACUAUGCUCUCAUUGGUGAACCUACUAUGUAA